CCAGAGGAGGCAAAUUCCCCGUCGUAGACACGUGUGUUACGGGGUGAAUUAUCUUGAGAUUUUAUGUUUUGAAACGCUUAAAUACGAUGCGUAUAUAUUUUUGUGGCAGUAUUCGUGGAGGACGACAGGAUGUGGUUAUUUAUCAGAGAAUUGUGCAGAAAUUACAAACCUACGGUAAAGUUCUAACGGAGCAUGUUAGCAGUGGUGAUAUUUCAGAAAAAGGUGAAGAUGCAGCACUGGAUGGAGACAAAGCAAUCCACGACCGAGACAUUGAAUGGCUCAUGUCAGCUGAUGUGAUUGUGGCGGAGGUGACGCAGCCCUCACUCGGAGUUGGGUACGAGCUGGGACGUGCGCUGGCCAUGGACAAAAAGAUUCUCUGCCUCUUCCGCCCUUCCUCUGGGCGAGUCCUGUCUGCUAUGAUCCGGGGGGCUGAGACCAGAUCCCAGAAUUCUCUUUUCCAAGUGCAGGACUACUCUGAGGAUGAGGUAGAAAGAGUCCUGGAGGACUUCUUCAGUGCCCUCUCCCCCAAGAUCUGACUCGGAGUGAAGUGGUAAUUACAGGAUCUCCCUGUGAAAACAUGGUAGCUCUACAAAUGUACUCUACUACCUUACUACUGACUUUACUAACUGGCUGUUUUUGACAAAUUAUCGGAGUCAGACCAUAUUACCUCCCAGGCUCGAUGCUUUAGUAUUUGAAUAUAUUGUUCUCCUUACAAAGUAUAUUUGCAGAUUGCAGAUAUAUUUGCAAUUUAGUGCAGCAUAAUAAAGCCAGAAUAGGAAGCAUCAGUGCCAAUUUCUUGAAGAGAACUAUGAUAGCAACAUGUUGAAAGCUGUUUGGUUGUAAUCCAAAUGUGACACUUACUUGUAGGAACUCGAAGGAAGUCAUAGCACAAAAGGUUCAAUGUUAUUUCAUAAUUAAUACCUUUGC